AUGAAUUAUGAGAAUUAUGAGAGGUGGCUUAAAACGCAGUUAUUACCAAACCUACCACCUAAUUCUGUUGUGGUAGUUGACAAUGCCUCCUAUCACAACAAACAAUAUAAUCUAGCACCUAUAUCAAAUGCUAAAAAAGCGGAUAUGCAGGCCUGGCUUACUGAAAAAGGAAUCAUGUAUGACAAAGCGUAUCUAAAGCCCCAAUUAUACAAUUUAAUAAAAGCCAACAAAGAUAGAUUCAAAACAUUCUCCAUUAACCAAAUCCUAGUAGAAAAUAAACAUCAAAUACUGAGACUACCUCCAUACCACCCAGACCUAAACCCAAUUGAAAUGGCGUGGUCAACCAUCAAACAAUACGUUGCAAGCAAAAACGUGACUUGGAACCUUAAUAAAUGUACAGAACUUAUAAAAGAAAAAGUUGCACAAAUGGGUGAACGGGAGUGGCAAAUUUUAUGCCAAAAAGUAAAAAAUAUAGAAGAAGAAUACGCAAAGAGCGAUCAUGUCGUUGAUAUGAUGACGGAACAAUUUAUUAUUCACGUCGAUGAAGAGAGCUCGGAAAAUGAUACCGAUUCUGAUGGUGCCAACGAUGACAGCACUGACGCGUGUAGUCCCGAGCCCGGGCCCUCAACAAGUAAAAGACUUUGUACAAUAGAAGGCGUGCAUCCGUUAUAA